AUGCGUGAAACAUGUUUCUCUAAGAUUCCGUCAUUUUAUAUAAAAAAUGGAAGUUCGGAUUUUUUAAAUAAGCAAAGAAAUUUAUUCGAUAUCCUGGAUUCGGCUGAAAAAGAAAAAAAAUCUUGUGAUAAUUCGUGCAAUGAUUCAAUGGAUAUCGAUGUAAACAAAUCGAGUAGUAGGCGACAAAGAAAAAUCACAAAACAAUUUAGAGGACAGGAAAGUUUAUUUAACAAACCGUUAAGUUUACCACCUAGAUUUAAAAAAAGGAAUAAAGUUCCCGAUUUUCAAAGGAAUCCGCACAAGUGGACAAAAUACAGUUUAGGAGACGUUACUCAAAAUGAAAUGUCAAACGAAACAAAUACUGCUGCUGCUAUGUCAUUUCUUCGUGAUAUUGAAAUUCAAAAAUUAAAAACUCGCGUUAAAAUGGAAGUUGAUGAUUCGAAUGAUUGCAAAUCCAAACCUGUUUGUACAAAUGGUCAUUUGUUUAAUCUCCCCACCAUAAAACGUGAAAUCAAAAAAGAUUGUGAACCAACACUCGAAAACUCUAGUGAAACACCUAAAUCCGUUUUUAAAGGAACCAAAUUCGUCAUGGCUGAAUAUGUUGUUGGUCAAAAUAAAAAACAAUGUAAAAAAAUCAAUAAAAAAAAUGAUAAUGUCGAAAAGGGAAAAGAAAUUUUUUUGAAUCACAUACACGAAUAUGAAGAUGAAUAA